AUGACGAGUUUGACAAGUCUCUUCCUUGUUAAGGAAAUGCUUCAUGCGAUUAAAGUGCUUCAUCAGAUGGAUGUUAUGGAAAUUCCCGAUAGAUAUAUACUAGUGCGAUGGAGGCUAGAUGCAAAGGAUUGUUCAUCUAAAGACAAAAAAGUUAUAGUGAAUGAGGUUGAUCCCAAGUUGGUGAUAUCGGCGCGUUAUAGACAUCUUUGUCCUAGAAUAGUAAAAUUAGCAACUCGAUCAUCUGAAUAUGAUACUGUAUAUGAGUUUGUGAACAAUAGUAUUUCUGAUUUGUGUGUAAAAGUGGAUAAUAUGAUCAUUGCAGUAAAUAGCUCAAAUACUUCAAGUAGUGGAGGCCCCAUUGACAUGGGAUUAAAUGAUAUUGAUCCAAAUUUUGAAAGAGUUAAGGGUUUGAAAAAGAAAGACAAUGUACAAAAGAGUGGUAGUAGGUUAAAGCCUUAG